AUUUAUUUCACACGAACUUUGUGAUGAUGGCAACUAAAAACACAAACUUCAUGCAUGGUUGCAUUUCCCAAAAUAAUGCAUUUAUUUAGGGGGAAAAAAGGGGAACUACAAAAAUAGCAAGUGUUUUGAUUGCAAAAGCAAGUUUUCUUUUUUGGUUUGCAAAUUUUUUGUUACAUAAGGGGGAAUGACACACUGCAUGAGAAAGGGAUAGAACAGUUGCAUUUGAAAACUUCCUUCUACUUAAAAUAAAAUGGUUCUUUAAAUUUGAACUAAUAUACCAAAUUCAAACUUGAAAUGGUUAAGUUCAAGCUUAUGAUCAUGAAAGCUUUUUUAUCCAAUUACUUCUCUUUCUUAAACCUAUCUGCCAUAUCCAAAGGUUCCAUCUCUGUGACACAAUCCAUUGCAGUGAUAGCAUUAAUUCUCACAUUACUUUACAUUUGUUUCAAAUCAACAAGUGUCUAUCUUAUUGACUAUGUUUGUUAUUUACCUCCUGAUAAUUUGAGAGUCCCUCACUCCCAUUUUAUAGAACACUUUAAAUUGUGUAACUUUGAAAAAGAAACCAUAGAGUUUCAUACCAAAGUAUUGGAGAAAUCUGGUAUUGGAGUCGAGGCUUGCAUGCCAGAAUCGGUUCACGAGCUCCCGCCUGAUAAUUCUAUGAAGCAUGCACAAGCCGAAACCGAAAUGGUUCUUUUCACAAUCGUCGAUGAUCUUCUUUCGAAACACAAUGUGCAUCCUAAUAGCAUUGACAUCCUUGUGUCAAAUUGCAGUCUCUUCUGUCCCACACCAUGCAUUACCUCAACCAUCAUUAACAAGUUUGGAUUUCGAAGUAAUGUAAAGUGUUUCAACUUAAGUGGAAUGGGUUGCAGUGCUGGUUUGUUGUCAGUAAGCUUGGUGAAAGAUCUUCUAAAAGUUCAUAAAAAUUCAUUGGCUUUAAUUCUAAGCAUGGAAGCUGUAGCUCCAAAUGGAUAUAAUGGCAAUACGAAAUCCAAACUUAUCGCGAAUGUGCUGUUCCGAAUGGGAGGAGCAGCCAUUUUACUAUCCAACAAAAACCAAGACAAAGGAAUAGCCAAGUACAAGCUUCAACAUCUUGUGAGAACACAUUUGGGAUCAAAAGACAAAGCAUAUCAGUCUGUUUAUCAGGAACCCGACGAAAACAAUAUUGUAGGCGUUUCCCUUUCACGAUCGCUGUUAAGUGUAGCUUCUUCAGCUUUGAGGAUCAAUAUAAUAAACUUAGGCCCUCUUGUCUUGCCAUAUUCCGAGCAACUUCGAUACGGGCUGUCAAUGAUUCGCAGGAAAAUAUGGGCAGCAGAGGAUAAAGAAAUGUAUGUACCGAAUUUCAAGAAGGCUUGUGAACAUUUCUGUAUACACGCAGGCGGUAAGACAGUAAUAGAUGGCAUAGUGGAAAAUCUGAAGCUGCAGAGAGAAGAUGGAGAGGCUUCAAGGAUGGCAUUAUAUAGAUUUGGAAAUACUUCAUCCUCUUCUCUGUGGUAUGAACUAAGCUAUUUGGAAGCAAAAGGAAGAGUAAAGAAAGGACAUAAAGUUUGGCAAAUUGGGUUUGGAAGUGGAUUCAAGUGUAACAGUGCAGUGUGGAAGUGCCUUUCUGAUAUUGAUCCCAAUGCAAAGAGUGCAUGGUCUGAUAGAAUCCAUUUGUAUCCAAUUGAGAUACCUGUGUUUGACUGUUGAAGUUGUUGUAGGUUCAAGAAGUAUUAGCAGGGUCAACAAAGAUGAAAAUCCGGCACUUAAUGAUUUAUGAUUUUUCUUGUUUAUACCUUAUUGUC